CUCCUCCGCCGCCUCCCGGUUCCGCAGUCACUUCCUGCAGCUGUUUCCAUCCGAGUCGGCACCGACCGACUUUUGACAGCCCGCGGGGAGCCGGCCCGACGGACGCUUCGGCCCGAUCGGCGGAGAAAGUUGCGCCGGGAGAGGCGGAGCCGAGCCAAGACGGGCCCGGCCUGGGGGUGCGCGAUUCCCGGGUGCACCCGGUGGGGGGUUCCGAUUUGAAGACCCAACUUUUCAUCAUCCCUUGGAUUAUGCUCAAGACUUUCCUACCCAAUGAUCCUCUUGCAACACUCCACGCUUCCUCCACCUAAGCAGCCCUCAUCCUCUCCUCCUAUGUCAGUAGCCACUAGGUCUACAGGAACCUUGCAGCUUCCACCACAAAAGCCUUUUGGGCAGGAGUCUUCUUUGCCACUGGCUGGGGAAGAAGAAUUACCUAAAGGCGGGGAGCAAGACUCUGCCCUGGAGGAGCUAUGUAAGCCCUUGUACUGCAAACUCUGCAAUGUCACCCUGAAUUCAGCACAGCAGGCCCAGGCUCAUUAUCAGGGAAAAAAUCAUGGUAAGAAACUCCGAAAUUACUAUGCAGCGAACAGUUGUCCUCCUCCUGCCAGGAUGAGCAAUGUGGUAGAAUCUGUGGCUACCCCAGCUGUUCCUACACAGAUGGGAUCCUUUAAGCCUGGAGGCCGAGUGAUCCUGGCCACCGAGAACGAUUACUGUAAGCUCUGUGAUGCCGCCUUUAGUUCUCCGGCUGUGGCUCAGGCUCAUUAUCAAGGGAAGAAUCACGCCAAGAGGCUACGGCUGGCAGAAGCACAGAGUAACUCAUUCUUGGAAUCCUCAGAGACUGGUCCACGAAGGAGCCGGAAAGAAGGGAAUGACUAUAAGAUGAUGCCUAAUAGGAGAAAUACGUACACAGUUCAGAAUAAUUCAGCAGGUCCUUACUUUAAUCCCCGCUCACGUCAAAGAAUCCCGCGUGAUCUGGCCAUGUGCGUUACUCCAAGUGGCCAGUUUUACUGCUCGAUGUGUAAUGUUGGGGCUGGUGAAGAGAUGGAAUUCCGGCAGCAUUUAGAGAGCAAGCAGCAUAAAAGCAAGGUGUCCGAACAGCGGUACAGAAAUGAGAUGGAGAAUCUGGGAUAUGUAUAGUGAUUGCUGUGUUACAUAGAGCAGCUUGUCCUGCCUGUUGUCUGCCAUCUGUCAAUAUGUCCUGCUUUGUGGUCCUUUGACAUGAGCACAUUCCUAUGCUUACUGUUAAAACAUGUAGCUGUGCAGUGGUACUAUGAGAUGUCAAAACUGGGGAAGGGAA